GAGCAAGGAGAAGGUCGCGGAGGAAGCGGUGAUCGGCUGCGCAUUCAUUCCAAUUAGCGCUCUCAUAAAAAUGCCGUUUCUGCAGCUCGCACUCAAGAGUAGCGUCGACAAGUACGUCGUUGAAGCUUCUAAAGGUGGUGGACCUUACAACAUUAUGUUUGGAGCUGAUAUUGACACCCCAAAGUACAUCGCUGUUUACCGAGAAGAAGGUUCCGGGGUGUUGAAAUUGACAGGAACACUUGACAUAAAAGAAGCUGAACAAUUCAUAGUGAAAGUUCUCGACGACUCGGACACCCAUAAUCGCUUGGAGUUCUCCAUAACCAGUUCGCUACCAGAGUACAGGAAGAAAGUCAAAAAGCAAAAGAAAGAAGAGAAAGCUGAGGAAAAUCCCCGGCUUGUGGAAGACGGUCAAACGACCACAGGAGAAACCGAAGAGGACGCAGAUGGGGAAGGUGGCCGAAGAGGAAAGGUGGAGAGAAAGCCGCAGGCCUCAGAAGGAGAUAACGCAUCAACGAUGGGAGAGGGGGAAAGUGACGGGUGCAAGUCACGCACACUGGAGUACUAUCUCGAG